GGUGUAUGUAGUACCUAUUUAGUUUGCUUUAAGUGUUCGUGCCUAGCGCAUCAUUCGAAUAAUUCGAUGUUCAAUGUGCUUUAAACAUACUUAAAAUAAAAUCAAAAAAAGAAAUAUCUUUUACAUUCUUUUGUAAACUUGUUGUGGAAAUAUCUACUAUGUACAUCUUUUUCAUUGUUUAAACGGAACUGUUAGUAAAUUUGUUAACGCCGAUAGUGAUCCCCACGUGACGUAAGCUAAGUUAAAGGUGUUUAACGUGAAUGUCACUGCCUAACGCUCCAACGAACUAGUGAAUCAUCGUCGUUGCGGCCGGCGUUUUUUUUGUUUUGGUGUGUCUCACAACUUUAGCUAUAUACGUUACCAAAUAAAACAGACACACUUAAUAAAAGUAAUGAAUCUAAGGAGAAAAAUGGCCUGGAACGGGUUUCCAGUGGCAGUUCAGUUCAGCAUCGUCCUUGGUGGAUUUCUAUUAGCAACAGUUUGUUCUGCCGGUACUGUUUCAAAUCGUCCUGCAGGUGCUGUACAAACAGGUAGCAUACUACCAUCAGGUGCCCAAGACAAAUCAACAUCUCAACGAAGAAUUAUGCAUCCAGCCUUCGCAAAUGCUGGCAAAGCACCAGGACUUAAAAUUUGGAGAAUUGAGGAAUUUGAACCAGUACCCUACCCAAAAAAUAAAUAUGGAAAGUUCCAUGAAGGUGAUUCAUACAUCGUCCUUAAUACAAAACAAUCCAAGGACAAAAGUAUCUCUUGGGAUGUACACUUUUGGCUUGGUUCGGAAACCUCUACCGAUGAAGCUGGUACAGCAGCCAUCCUCACAGUUCAACUUGAUGACAUUCUUAAUGGAGCACCAGUUCAACAUCGUGAAGUUCAAGACCAUGAGUCACAACUAUUUUUGAGUUACUUUAAAAAUGGUGUCCGUUAUGAACAAGGUGGUGUAGGUUCGGGCUUCAAGCACGUACAAACCAAUGCAGAAGGUGAAAAACGACUUUUCCAAGUGAAAGGUAAACGCAACGUUCGUGUUCGUCAAGUGAAUCUAUCCGUGUCGUCGAUGAACAAAGGAGAUUGCUUCAUCCUGGAUGCUGGUAGUGAAAUUUAUGUUUAUGUUGGAAUACAAGCAAAACGUGUUGAAAAGCUCAAAGCUAUUAGCGCAGCUAAUCAAAUCAGGGAUCAAGAUCAUAAUGGACGUGCUAAGGUUAAUGUUAUAGAUGAAUUCAGCAGUGGAUCUGAUUUGCAAGAAUUCUUUAAUGUUCUUGGAUCAGGCUCACCUGACGAUGUUCCCGAUGAGUCUAUUGCUGAAGAAGAUGGAGUCUUUGAAAGCGGUGAUGAAAAAUCGGUCACUUUGUACAAGGUUACCGAUGAAUCUGGUUCACUUAAGAUUGAUCCAGUAGCUUCAAAACCUUUGAAACAAGAAAUGUUGGAUACCAGGGAUUGCUUUAUUUUGGACACUGGAUCUGGAAUUUAUGUUUGGGUUGGCAAGGAAGCUACACAAAAAGAAAAGGCAGAAGCUAUGAAUAAGGCAUCAGAGUUUUUGAAAACUAAGAAAUACCCUGCCUGGACUCAGGUCCACCGUAUUGUCCAGGGGGCUGAGUCAGCACCAUUCAAGCAAUACUUUGCUACAUGGAAGGAUUUGGGAGCUUCUCACACUCGACUAAUUCGCUCUGCCAUGGGCUAUAGCACAGAUGAUUCUGAUGUUGAAUUCGAUGAUAGUUUAGUCGAAUCGUUGAAGAAGAGUGGUGGUCGUGCCUUAGGCUUUAUGCCAGAUCAGGGUAAAGGCGAGAUUGUCAGACUUAUUCAGUUUGUUGAGCUUCCUGAUACCGAUGAAGUUCGUCGUACUGAAAUUCCCCUUCCAUUGCCAAAUCAGCUUCUUUUAGGAUUCGGGUCAUAUGUAAUUUUAUAUGACUUUAUUCAGUCAGAUGGAAACAAAGCUUCAGUUGUUUACGCUUGGAGGGGUUCAAAAGCGGGUUCCCCCUCAAUGGAUGAAGCUGUCAAAGUUGGCAUGGAAUUCGGCGAUGAGCUUGAUGCGGUUGUUGUCACAACUGUUCAAGGACAUGAACCAAGACAUUUUUUGAAAAUGUUCAAAGGGAAAUUAAUAACUUCUUACACUGGAGCACCAAGUGAACCAAUUUUGUUCCGUGUUAGCGGAACUGAUGAAACUGAUGUGAGGGCCAAUGAAGUUGAGGCCGAUUCAUCGUCAUUGGCUUCGGAUGAUGUUUAUGCUUUAGUCAAAAUUGCCCAGAAAAAAGUGUACAUUUGGGUUGGAUUGGCUGCAUCAGGAUUUGAAAAAAAUAUGGCUGAAGACCGUAUUGGUAGAUUUUGGCCAUCUUUCGAAAACGAAGUUAUUCAAGAAGGUGCUGAGCCCGAUGACUUUUGGGAUGAUUUGAAUGGCGAAGGUAUUUAUGAUCGUGGAAUGGGUAAGGGUGGCUCUCCAAUUUUGGAACCACGUCUGUUCCAUUGCAGAAUUCUUGUUAGUGGUAGAAUAAAGGUUGAAGAAGUUCCUGAUUUUCAACAAGAUGAUCUUGAUGUUGACGAUGUUAUGUUGUUGGAUGGUGGAGAUGAAAUUUAUGUAUGGGUUGGUUCUGGAACUACUGAAGAAGAACAAAAUGGAGUUUUUGAUAUGGCUAGAAAAUACAUCAAAAUGGAACCAUCUUCAAGAACUAUUGAAACUGCAACCAUUAUUUGGAUAAAACAAGGCAUUGAACCAAAGUGUUUUAAACGCAUGUUUCCUGAAUGGAAUGAUGAUGCGUGGAAGCUUAGGCCAACAUAUGAAGAAGUAUUGAAAAAUGUUUUAGAGAAGAACCUCAACCUCGAAGAGAACAACGUUUAAUGGUUUAAAAUAAAUCAUUUUUUACUUUAAGUUUACGAACAUAAAUAAAUUAAGUUCAAAUAAUGUGUAAUUAUGA